UCAUUCCUUGGAGGCUAGUCCUUGUAACAACAGCCAUGCCUUCGACUUUCAUCAUUCUCCUGCUCUCUCAGGCGGCCCUUUUGUUCCAAGGGCUCCCUCAAGCUACAGCUGUUUCGCCUGAGUCGCCGUCCGUUGAAGCCACUAGUCUAGGAUGCCCAGAUGAUUUAGACAUACAGCCUUGUACGUGCACCGUCGACAGCGCUACGGCCGAGAUAGACAUGGACUGCUCUAAUGUCUAUGACGAAUAUGAUCUGAAGAGAGUCUUUGAGGCAGACUUUUUGUUCCCUGACCUGAAUAAAUUGGUGAUCCAGGGCACAACAAGUGAUCCGGUCCCUAUUAAAAAGUUGGAGGCAGAUACUUUUGGCAAAGUCUCCUUCAAACACGUGACCAUUUCGAACACCGAUCUGAACAGCGUCGCUCUUUUAGCCUUCGCUAAUUCCUUCCCAACAAUCGAGACGAUGGAUUUCUCCAACAACCGCCUCGAUUUCUUCCCCUUCGAGAUGCUAGCGGACUGCAAGAAACUAACAACGUUGCAUGUAGAAAAUAACGUACUUGUACACGUGGCAUUGCUGCAUUCGGAAAGCCUCUUGUUCUUCGACGCGUCCGGUAACAGUGAACUCAAAUAUGAAGACGAGGUUUUCCAAAAUGCCCCGAUGCUGCAAGAUAUCAACCUCAGUAACACUAAUCUCGGCCACAUUAGUCCACUGACGUUCGCCUACCAGCAGAAUCUGAAGACGCUGAACCUUCAGGGCAACAGCAUAGACUAUCUUUACACGAACGCCUUGAAAUUCCUGUCUUCCUCGCCCAUCACCAUUAAUCUAGACAAUAAUAGGAUCGGUACCGUCGAACCAAAAGCUAUUACAGGCUUGCAACCGGGCUCCACACUUAAGCUGAAAAGCAAUAUGCUAACGGACCUUCCUCAAAACGUGUGGGAAGAUAUCUUCAUUGACCUUAAAGGGAGUCAAACCAUUGAAAUGGACGAUAACUUGAUUGAAUGUGCUUGCAACAUCAAAUGGCUGAUUUCAAAUACUGACCACUUGACCACCCUGAGCGAUGGACAAGAGUGCGUCGAUAAAACGUCAAUCCACGACCCCAGCUUAAUCAACUUCAUCACCCAACACUGCUAGAUGAAAGUCUUGAACACGUGAGGGCGGCACGAGCGGAGGCGACAUUUGGGAUAGAAAAUAUACUGUUCUCUUUCAAUACAGAAAGCGAAUAUGUGUGUUAUGUGAGACAGAGAGAGAGAGAGAGAGAGAGAGAGAGAGAGAGAGAGAGAGAGAGAGAGAGAGAGAGAGAGAGAGAGAGAGAGA